AUGGCUCACAACGCGGCCGCUGCAGUUGAUCCCGGCGAAGGCCUCCGGGCACCCGAUACGUCGUCAAGGCACGUCGUGGAGAGCGUGACGCACGAUUUCCAGGUGACCAACUAUCCGCUACUCGAGGGCAUGCGUGUCAGAAAGUACAUUAGCUCGAGCACGUUCACCGUCGGCGGCUACGACUGGAACAUCGUGUUCUACCCGGACGGAGACGACGAGGACUGUGCAGGGCACGCGUCGGCCUUCUUGUGUUAUCUUAGCCAGGCCAAGGACGAGGUGAGGACAAACUUGACCUUCACCAUGCUGGACGAUCAAGGCAACGUACAAGCAACCCAUCAGGUACCGGAAUGCGUUCUCGCCGUGAUCAAAGAACCACCAGCGGAGUGCAAGAGAUACCUUAUCGUGGACCCUCCGCCGGAGCUGUCCGGCCGCCUCCACCGCGCCCUCAAGAACGGGAGAGGCACCGACAUCACGCUCCUCGUGGGCGGCAGGGAGUUCAGCGCGCACAGGUUCAUGCUUGCCGCACAGUCGCCCGUCUUCGAAUCGCUCUUUGGCCCGAUGAUGGAUAAGGACACACGGUGCGUAGAGAUUGCCGACAUGGAGCCAGCCAUCUUCGAGAUGCUUCUGCAUUACGUCUACACGGAUUCACUGCCGCCGUGUGGUGAAGGCGAUUACGAUGCAGCCACGAUGCAGCAUUUGCUAGUCGGUGCGGUCCGGUACGGGCUGGACAGGUUGAAGGUGAUGUGCGAAAAGAGGUUGUGCAGAAACAUCGACGCGAGCACAGUCAUGAGCACAUUGGCACUAGCAACUCAUCACAACUCUGACCAGCUAAGGAUGCAUGCCUAG